AUGGAUUAUGAGAAGAAGAAUCUCGAAGAUACAAACGAUAGAUUUGCUAAGGAAGAAAAUUAUGAAUGGCUCAAAGAUUAUUCCCAUCUUUGUCACCUAAUUUUGGAGAAUAUUCAACCUAAUUCCUCUGUUUUGGAAUUGGGUUGUGGAAAUUCCCAAUUAAGUGAUAUAGCCUUCCACGGACAUGCUCGGAUAUUUUUAAGGUGUGCAUCAUUUUGUGCUUAUUCAAUGUGUUGUUUGUCAGAAAUAAAGGCCAUGGUUGCAGACAUGCUAGACUUGCCAUUCGCAGAUGAUUCUUUUGAUGUUGUUAUUGAGAAAGGAACAAUGGAUGUAUUGUUCGUGGACAAUGGUGAUCCAUGGAACCCAAAAGCUGAAACCAUUAGCAAGGUCAUGGCAAUGCUCCAAGGCAUCCACCGGGUAUUGAAGCCAAAUGGUAUCUACAUAUCAAUUUCGUUUGGGCAGUCACACUUUAGGCGUCCAUUAUUUGAAGCUCCUGAUUUUACAUGGUCAAUGAAGUGGAGCACUUUUGGUGAUGGAUUCCAUUAUUUCUUCUACACUCUAAAGAAGAAUAGUAGACAAGAGGACUUGAUUUGUCUUCCAUCAAUCUGCUUGUAUCAAGAUGAAUUGGAAGGUGAAGAUUUCUUAUUCAGGACCAACAUUGAUGAACCGGAGGACAACUAAAAAGGUGAAGUGGACAAGAAGCAGUGUCAUUGUAACAGGGUCUUUUGCAAUCUUAUUCUCUUGUUAACCUUUCUAAUGGUGAUCAUGAAUUAUGUUUUGCAUAUCAAAUCAUUAGUCCUUAUUUGCUCAAAUGAUUGGGCAGA